AUGACGUCAACCCUACAGGGAAACCUUCAGGGGCUGAGAUUAAUAAGCCCCGCACUAGACCUUUCGCGGCACUCUGCCACCGUCCACAGGUCUUCAUAUUAUUAUUUUUUGUCGUUAUUGAUAUUCAGCAUUAAAGACGUCUACAAAAUAAAUUUGAAAAUUUCUCAAUGCUUGAGUUACUGGCUUUAUAGAGCUGUUCAGUCAUAUUUGUUCACCCAUGGAUGUACCCGAGACAGCUCGAGCAUGUUCAUGGAACAAACCCCAACCCAAUGA